AUAUUCUGUUACAGAGAUGACGGAGAAAAGGUGGAUGAGGCAGACAUCAAAGUGGUGGAGAGGAAACUAUUUGUGGUGCCCUCGAAAUCGAGGAGAAAAAAUAAAAGUUCUGCGGCAGAAGAUGUCAGGCAGGAAAAAGCAAAUGAAAGCUUUGCAACUGACAUGAGAGCAGAGCAUUCUUUGGCGUCAGUGAUCUGUAAGAUGGAGGACAAGUGUAAGGAGAAGAAGAUAAAGAAAAGGGUUGAGGACAUUGAGCAGUUAGGAACAGUUACCGAACCUCCAAAUGCUGAUGCUGAGACACGGAAGAAGAGAAAAGAAAAAAGGAAAAAACAAGAAGGGAUUGCAACUACAAAGGAAUGUGAAGAAGAGGAGGCUUCAAAUCGCACUUUAGAUUUGCCGCCAAUGUCACCAGAAAACUUAGAGGGAUUGGAAAACUGUUCAGAAAAUGCUGCAGAAUCUCAGGAAACAUUAGAAUCCAGUUGCGUCAAAAAGAAGAAGUACAAAAAGAAGCAAGCGUCAUGUUCUAAAGAAGCUACUCAAGGGUUAGAUAUCUCUUGCGGAAAUGAAAAGGUUGAUAAUACCCAAAAAACAAAGGAGGGCCUUGAAGACCAAAAUGCUAAUCUGACAAAAAAGAUUAAGAAGAAAAAGAAAAGGAAGGAAAUAUUAAGCAGCAAUUUAUCUGAAGACAACUCGCCGCAAAGCGAUGAUUUAGUGUCUGUGCAGGAAAAGGAAGAGAAAAGGACCUCAUCCUUCCGUGUUGCUGAUGCAGAAGAUAAUGAUGCUCAGACACCCGUGGAACUAAAUGACAACGGGGUCAGGAAAAAGAGAAAGCUGUCAGCAGCGCAGGACAGUGUUGAAAUAAAUCCUGAGCAGGGCUUUGAGGAACCACACACGGGGGUGAAAAGGAAGAAGAAAGAAACGGGAAAUGAAACCGAGUCGGUAACCCCCGCGCAAACUUUGAAAAGUGCAGGUGAUGUGGAAUUUUCUCCAACUGAUGAGACUGUGGUGUUGAAAAAGAAAAAGAAGAAAAAGUCUAAAGUUGAGCCAUGCAAUGUGAUACAAGAGGAUCCAUCUGCCUCUAAAGAUGUUGAAUCAGUAAAGUCUUCACUCAAAGACUGUAGCUCAGUUUCACACAAGAGAAAAGACAAACGUGCUCCCAGUGCUGAGACUUUAAACUCUGAAAGCAACAUCUCAGUUUCUGACAGUAUCGUUGAAAGCAAAAAAGUCAGACGAAAACUUCUUAAUCCAAUUGAGGAUUUCUAUGACCUCUCAGCUUAGGUGAAUGGUAGACAAAGUGAUGGGUUUGAUUGAUUUGAGUUUUAAAAUAAUUCUGGAUACCCUAACACACAAAAUGACUGAUACAUUACAUGUCAUUUUUCUUUUCUUUUUUUUUAUAGAUACAAAUGCAUCUGACACUUUCUCUAUCACUACAUGGACAAUGUUUUCAGUGAAGCUGUGACAAUUUAUGUUUUUUUGGUAUUUUGUUUUGUAUCAAAGCUUUUGACUUGCACAGUACUUUACCUUUUUGGUGUUACAAUACAUUUGUAAAGGAUUAACAAACCAGUCAUUUUGCUUUUUUAUUUCUACCGGUUAUCAACAUAACAGUAAUUGAAACUUCAUUAAAUGAUAUU